AUGAGGUCAAGAUAUAAAAGCCCUCUGGGGACAGGCAUUCUCGAAAUCGAUGACAGCGCCACGGUUCAAAUGGUUUUUGAGGCACUUAAGGCAAAGACACGAAUCGAAAACUUUGCCAUCAAGUACGGCCCUCCCACCAAUAUGCGGUCCAUCAACUUAGAACAUGGAGGACUUAUAGCCAAAGACUUGGGGCUCCAUGGCGAAACUCUUACAAUCGUUCCUAUCGAGACCAAGGCAGAUUUGGCAACCUCAGGUCAUACUCGCCAUCCUGCUGGUCAUGAGAAACAAGCUGGAACAGCCUUCGUUGCCAGUACAAGCUCCGGUGAUGUAAUAGUACCAUGGCCAGAAAGGGAAGGCAGCCUAUUGCUUCGUGUCAUGCCAAGUGACAAUAGCUGUCUCUUUACCGCAUUUGGUGGCGCUCUACUGAAACAGAUUUCUGCAGCAAAACUUCGUCAGAUGAUGGCUGAGUAUAUUACGGAGCAUCCUGAUGUCUAUAAUGAAGCAAUUCUGGGCUGUUCGCCUGUGGACUAUUGCCGUGGCAUCAAGGACCCUGAUCGGUAUGUUUAUACCACCCUCUCGCCUAGUUCCAAGUGUCGAGCUAUCCGCAAUAAAAUACUCAGUCACCCGCAGGGACAACAUCUCAUGACCUUCGGCGAGGGAAAGCAAGAUCGAUGCAUUUUGGUGUAUUCCGGUAUUCAUUAUGACCGUGUCGCCUUCAGCUACUCCGAUUCCCCGCACAAUGUUGCUCCUUUGCCGCCAGAAAUGGAUAGGUCGAUCUGGCCCACGGAUGACUCAGAGGUGCUGGUAAAGGCCAAGAUGCUAGUCGAGAAACUAAAUGCAAAUCACUACUACACGGACGCAGAUGGACUGGUCUUGAAGUGCAACGAGGACGGCUGUGAAUGGAUCGGCAAUGGACAACUAGCGGCCAGGAAACAUGCUGAGGUUACAGGGCAUACGCAAUUGACAGAAAUCGCGGAUCCGGAAGAAGACAGCAUUUUGCGCAGGUGUUUGAGCGCAGGAUGUACCUUUCUAGGCCAGGGGGCCUCAGUCGAUCAACAUAGAACCGACACCGGCCACAAUGACUUCGAUAUCAUUCCCGACACGUAA